UCUUCCUCUGGAAAUGGGACAAAAUUGCUACAACGUGCAGCAGCUGUAACCCUGUGCCGCGGUCGGAAAUCGUUCACAGGUUUUCGAGUCAACAACAUACGGAACCUUGAAUGAUCGGCAGUAUUCUACUAAGAUGCGUACAGGAAUUGCCGUAUUUUUGUGUUUAGUCUGGGUGAGCUAUAGUUCAAGUUUCGGAUUCCCUGAUGGGAAACGUAUAUCAGAAAGGAAAUGCGACGAAUACCGGAAGCUUACGGUAAAAACGUCAACGUUGAUAACGCUUUCUAUUCGGCCAACAGCGAUCAAGUACGACGAUUAUAAGUGCCCCAAUACAGUGGAUUUGAUUGUGGGCGGCGAACGGGCACGCCUCGGGGAAUUCCCCCACCAAGCAUUGCUCGGGUACCCUUCGGAGACUAAUCAAAUAGAAUUCAAAUGCGGCGGCUCGCUUAUCAGCAAACGUUUCGUUCUGACGGCAGCGCACUGUUCGAAAGGGGUUGAUAAUCCGACCGUGGUCCGACUGGCUGAGCUUGACCUUGCUGUCGAAGACGACGACCAGGUGGAUUUCGAUGUGGAGCAAAUAAUCAAGCAUCCGAAAUAUACACAAAAGCAGGCUUACAACGAUAUUGCCCUCGUAAAGCUAGCCCAAGAUGUGCUGUUCACAAAAAUGCUACGCCCUGCUUGCCUUUGGGCUGGUAGGGAGAUAAACACGACCCAGGCACUUGCUACCGGUUUUGGUCACACUGAAUAUGGUGGAAAAUCCUCGGACCAAUUAAUGAAGGUUCAGCUGGACGUGUUCGAUGCGUCGGCUUGCAACUAUCUGAAUUCGGGCUCAGUGCGACGGAAAUUUCCCCAAGGCGUUAUCGACAGUCAAAUAUGUGCGGGGAGCUUGCGCGACAAUCGAGAUACCUGUCAGGGUGAUUCCGGAGGCCCGCUGGAGGUGGUAACCGACCAGAAGGGCUGCACGUUCCACAUAGUGGGAAUAACGUCAACCGGUGCGGCGUGUGGGUUCUCAACGCCAUCGAUCUACACCAGAGUUUCCAGCUUCAUCGAUUGGAUCGAGGCUACCGUUUGGGGUGAGGAGGCAUGAGAUGAAAAUUAAACUUUCGGAUGUUUACAUAUUUAAUCAGUUUUUUUUAUUCAAUUCUUUUUAUUUAUAUUGGAUGUAUAAAUUGUCUUCUAAUAAAUCAUGACUGAAAAGGUUAUAA